AUGAAGCUGAACAUCUCCAACCCACUGAACAACGUUCAGAAGAGCAUCGAAAUCGACGAUGAGAAGAAGCUACUGCCCUUCAUGGAGAAGCGUAUAGGGAACGUCGUCCCGGGGGAUUCCAUAGGGGAAGAAUUUCUAGGAUAUGUGUUUAGGAUAACCGGAGGAAAUGACAAGCAGGGAUUUCCAAUGAUGCAGGGAGUGCUAACGAACAACAGGGUGAGGUUGUUAUUUAAAAAAGGCAUGAAAUGUUAUAGGCCAAGAAAAAAGGGAGAAAAAAGACGAAAGUCCGUAAGAGGAUGCAUAGUAGGCCAAGAUCUAUCAGCACUAAACCUAACCCUAGUUAAGAAAGGCACAAAUGAAAUCCCAGGCUUAACCGACAAAGCAGUGGGGAAAAAAUUAGGACCCAAAAGAGCCUCCAAAAUUAGAAAGCUUUUUAAUUUGGACAAAACUGAUGAUGUUAGGAAGUAUGUCAUUGGAAGAGCUAUUUCUAAAAAUGGAAAAAACCGAUUUAUCAAGCCAAAGAUACAAAGACUUGUUACAGAAAAGAGGCUACUACGAAAAAGAAGCCUCAUAGCAAAGAAGGAAAGACGCCGAUUAGAAAAGAAAAAAGUAAUUAAAGAAUAUAAGAAGGUUCUGAACAAGUAUAGAAAUGAUCUGCUGAACAGGACCGAUGAUGAUGCGGGAAAAAAGAAAAAAGUUAAAAAAUCCCUUUCCAAAGAUAUCCAGAAAAAAGGAGGAAAUAAAAAAGAUAAAAAAAAUCUUAAGGGCGCCAAAGCAGAGGAAGGGAAGAAGGAUCACGUUAAAAAGGAUGGCACCAAAAAGGAGGUAGCCAAGAAAGACGCUGGGAAAAAGGAUGGCACUAAAAAGGACGUAGCCAAGAAAAACGCAGGAAAGAAGGGCGCAUCGGGAUCCGCAGCGGCGGGCAAAGCCAAAGAGGAGAAGCAGUCCAAGCAGGACGGCAAGGCGGUGAAGGUGGACAAGAAGGCCCCCGUGAAGCCCCAGAAGGAGGGCGUCAAGGGUGGCAAGAAGAAGUGA